CAACUAGCAACCAGUAUCUCACAUGGCCAUGAAAGCAGGCCCUGAGUCUGUGACGAAUGAUGGGCCAAGGUUCGACACAUCGUCUCGUGCAUGUUUCUUGAAAGCCUUUGAGCCAUGUCAUGGGUGGCCUGACAGCCGUGGGCUUCAAAUUGCUGCGCCAUGACGUUCUCCGAGUGCGGAGACUCAGCACCAGCCUGCAGAAGGCCAAGCAGGCUCAGCAUCUCGCAGUUGCUGUGGCAGCUGGCGGAGCUGUCGGCGGAGUUCUCUUCCACUCCGUGGUGGAUGAAGUGGUGCACCUCCCAAGUGGGAACCUCUCCACUGAAGCUCCCAGCAUCUGUGGCUUCGCAGCUGGUGGCGCUGUUGCAGCCGUGGUGGCAAGUACCACCCCUCAGCGAAUGGGCUUGUUCAACUCCAUCGUCCAGACAUCAGCCAUUACCCGCGCCCCUUGGACAACAGUGGCCCGAACUGCAGGCUUUGGCCUUGGCGUGGGCUUGCGGACCGCCUCCAAUCUCUGGAUUUGCUUGGGGGCCAACGCGACCGGAGCUGUGUGUGGCGCCAUGACCAGUUUGAACCCCUCUGAGAGCACAUUCGCAUUGGCAUUCCCCUUGGUCUCCUUCUCCGUGUUCACAUUGCUGGUCGUCCCUGCGUUCUGGGCAGGAAUUUGCUUCGGAGCCGUUGGGCUGGCGACUGGUGCAGCGGCUGGCGUCUGGCUGGCGCAAGGUGGGUGUGGAGUGGUUGCCUUGUCAACACGGCAGGCAGCACUUCGGCGAGCCUUUGUGCGGUGCUGCGUGGCCUCUCCGGUGGCUUUGGCGGGAAGUGUGGCCAUGGGUCUUGCUCCAAACGUUCUGAGUUUGGUCAUGGCGAAGAUGGAUGCCAUUCAAUUUGGUGAUGUUUAUCAUCCUGAAGCGAGUCAAGAAUAUCGUACUCCCAGUGUUGAUUGGACAACGAGGCGCUCUCGGUUUCGCGAGAUGUAGUCACGUAGUCGCAGUCCUGGCAAAGAAAGGCCGAUGCAAGAAAGGUGGGAGUUGCAGCUGCAGUCGUACAACAUGCCGAUGCGCUCUUGUGCGUUUUGGGUAAUGGCUGGGCUGCGGCUUCGGACAUUGUUGUGACUGGAGACUUGUGCGGUCCUGCGUGAGUGAGCUUCAAAUCGAUGCGUAAGUGAGAGGUGCGAUGCGUAAGUCGAUGCGCACGUGAGCAAGUGAGAGCCUUGCCCGUCUGAG